AUGCGUCUCUCUUUCUGGAAAAUUUGUCUCAUAUGUAGCCCAGUGGUGGCUACAACGGAAGUUGUCAAGCUCCAGGCCUCCGCACACUUGCCCGUUGGAGCUUCAAAGCCUGUAGAGCAUGCUUUUGCAUCGUUCUCAUUUCCAGUUCACUUUUUCGCGGAUUUUGCUGGAAAUAAGAGUCAUCCAAAUCGCUUCUCUCAGGAUGUUGUCAGGCUUCUUCAUGAAAAGACAGGAGCCUGGCCACACAUCCGCGUUGGCGGUACAUCAGGAGAUCGUGCCAUCUACAAUGCCUCCCAGACCCAAUCAAUAAUACUCUCCGAGGAACUUGACAAUGGAAUUCCUCUCGAGGUCUAUCUUGGACCCACCUGGUUUGAAGGUUUCGAGACUUUUCCCACUCCCUGGACCUUCGGCGUCAACCUAGCCAACAACAAGAGCAACGCCCUGGAUAAUGCCCUUGCAGAAGCAGAGGCAGCUUUGAAACAUAUAAAAGGCAACCUUGUCGCCUUUGAGAUUGGAAACGAGCCUGACCUUUACCCUGGCUCCGUUCGGCCGCUGAAUUUUACUGAGGCAGACUAUGUGCGUGAAUGGAGGUACUUCGCAGAUGCUAUUUCGCAGCGUGUAAUGAAGGGGAAUAAGUAUGGAUUGGAUUGGUGGAAGAUAUUCCAGGCUUUGACUUUUGUUGAUGGAUGGAGCGUGUCAAAGGCUUUUGAUGAGUAUGGGAUCGACUCUACCGGGCAUGUCAAGCUCGUGUCACAGCAUCAAUAUGCCGCGGGAAAUGCAGACUGGGUGCGACUUGGAAGAUCAUUCAUGAACCACACUGCCAUCGCUGCAAACUUGACUCAAUAUAUUCCAGCCAUGGAAGCUCUGCAAGCUUAUGACCCGCAAAUCCCAUUCCUUCUCGGAGAGACGAACAGUGACUACGUGAACCUCAACAUGGCUGGAGUGGAAGGUGUCUUCGGUAGCUCCCUCUGGCUUGUUGAUUACCUACUUUUCGGAAUGAGCUUGAACAUCACCCGUUUCAACCUAAUCCAAGGAACUACCUUCGGCUACACCGCAUGGGUCCCAGUUCAAUACAAUGGCCAAGAUCCGAAGGUCAAGCCGCCGCUAUACGGCCAGCUUGUGGUCGCAGACGUGAUCGGUCACCACCGAACAGUCCAAGUAAAGUCUCUCGAUUUGGGACGAGACAACCUUUCAGCAUAUGCAAUUUACGAGUCAGAUAUAUUGGCCAAGUACGUCGUUGUCAAUCUCGACGAAUGGAAUUCUACCACGGUGUAUCCUCGUCCUUCUCAACAAAUCUCUCUUGAUGUGCCGGGAUAUGUGAACACGGCUGAGGCUAAAAGGCUUACUGGGCCCGGCGCUAGUGCGGAUACUGGUAUUUCCUGGGGUGGUUUGAGCUGGAACUACACCGAUGGCCGACUUGCUCGUUCUGGCUCGGAUCGUUGUGAUAUCCUGCGUGUUAGCCAUGGACGUCUUGCUGUCGAACUGCCUUCUAGUGAGGCUGUUGUUGUCGAGUUCCACCAUCAGUAA